CUAAAAUUGCGAGAUUCCCUAUUCGAUAAUAAAAUGUAAAUAUAGAAACGCUAGUGCAUUGAUUUUAAUCUAAGUACUGCAUGAAAUCGACGCAGAAUUCUUCGGUUGUGUAUCGCGAAACUAAAAUUCUGGUUCUAAUGCCAAAUAUACGAAUCUACUUAAUAAUUGAUGUUGCCGAAAAUGUUUGAAAUGAGACAUUGCGGCGAAAGUUGGACCCGAAAGUUUUGUUGUUAAAUAUCGAGCCAGCUCCGUGCACCUCAUCCAUAUCGAAUGAAAGGAGAGAAUUUAUCUUAUCGUUAUCUAAGAUAAAAAAAAGUAUAGUGGCAAAUAGCAUAGUGCGCAAGUGUUUUGUUUGUUGCGAUUAUCAGCAAGGAAAAAAAUAAAUUUAAAAAAAAAUGGUGGAAAUCGACUCGAUCCCAUUUUUUCUAGUCACCGCCAACGUAGGAAGUGUCUUCGAGGACCCUGUUAGAUUACUUAAGCCAUGGGUUACAGAAUUCUUAACAAAGGUUGAGUUGAUGAAACCACAAUUUAUCGCGUUACACAUGCAGGAAGUAGGCGGCAAAACUUAUGAGAAAUCAAUGGACUAUGUACAAGAAUUCAUACGAAUCUUAUGUGAAUCUCCUGUUUUGGCACAGUACAGCCGUAUUCGUAUUUACUUAGAUGAAGACUAUAAUUCCGCGGAACAUUUUACAGCUUUAGGGAAUUUAUAUUUUGUACAUCAAUCUCUACAUACAGUAAAAAUAUGGAAUUUUCUCUCGCACGAAUGGGAAACAGUUGAAGGAAAAAGUAUAUACACUGGAAACAUUGAAGCCAUUCCUACAAAAGAAAAGGCAAAAUUUCCACAACAUUUCUUUCCCGAAUGUAAAUGGUCACGAAAGGGUUUCUUGAGGACACGUUGGGAACUGAAUUGCACCGUAGUUGAAUUCGCGAACAUUCAUUUAUUCCAUGAUGCGUCAAAUUUAGCAGCUUGUGAGCAUUUCCCUUCCGUAUAUUGCAAGACACGUCGUCGUGCUUUAGUGCAUACUUUAGAAAGAUUCCAUAGAGACGAGAAGAAUGGUGUGGCCCCGUACUUCAUUUUUGGUGAUUUCAAUUUUCGCUGUGAUACGGAAGGUGUUAUAAAGAAACUAACAGAAGACUUGACAAAACAUCGUAUUCAAAGCGCGAAAACUGAUAGCACUAAAGUUCAGUAUAGGAACGCUGAUGGGCUUAAUGUACUUACCGUGGCAAAAAAGGAAUUUACUCAUAUUGAUCACCAGACAAAGUUUAAAGAAUCAUGGUUGCAGCAAUUCGACAGAGAGCUUGAACCGUUACGAGAAUUACUUGUAGAAUACCCAAUAACAUUUCCACCUUCUUAUCCGUACGAGGAGGAUCCUGAAAUGCCACAAAAUUAUAUGUUCACUCGAUGCCCGGCCUGGUGUGAUCGGAUUGUGAUGAGCCCCACGUCGAGAGAUCUCAUUGUUGAUGAUGCAUUUUCCUCAACGGAUUACAAUAUUUUGGGUGAAAACAUGUGCAUGGGUGAUCAUAAGCCAGUCUACUUAAGUAUUCGAAUCAAAACUCUGCAAGAUAAAAGCAGCAAACUUCCACAUGUUUCAAGUGAACUUCAAGCAGUUAUUGAAGCAGUCCUCGAAGAAAAGGACAACAACUGCGAUGAGAUGAGUGGAGAUGACCUAAAACAAGCAGAAAAUAGUAUAAGUGAAGAAAUUGAGAACGAUAAGUGUGUUACAAAUUACAUUCAAAUUAAUCCAAUUAGUACAGAUUCCGGUGGUGAGUCGGUUACAGAAGAUGAUGAAAAAUCUAUUCAAUCGAAUAAUAGUAAUACAGUUUUAUUGAAAGAGACAACCGUUUAAUUCAUAGAUAUAUUUAUGGAAUACUAAAACACUGAGCAGAAAUAUAUCAAACCGAUUAUUUUCCGUCCGUUAUAGUAUCAGGAAAACGUGGGAGUAAGAAUAUAAGAACAAUAUUUUAAUGACAAAUAAUUUCUUAUCAUGUUAGAAAUUCAUCUUACAUUUUGCAUUUGAAUACGGAAUAUACUUGUUAAGUUUGUCAACUUUAGAUUGCAUAUAGAAUUGUCAAGGCUUUUCCGACCCAGAUUGAGGGAGAAAUCAUAAAUGCCUAAAUAGCACUCACUUUUGGGAUCAAUUUCUUUGGGUUUUUCAACUCAAUAGUUAUAAAGAAAUUACUGCAAUCAUUCCAGAAUGCACUAAAAAUUGUUUGUUUCAAUAUGCUGACUAUUCUGGGGGUCAAUAUGACUCAAGCUUAGACAUUGCAUUGCACAAAAGUUGGUGAUGCCCACAUUUUUCUUUGAUUUUUGUAAAUAUCACUUCAUCGUUCAGUUACAUUUUGUUCUAUUAAAUAUUAUUGUCCUAACAAUUAGAGUUAUACAUUAACCGGGGACACCCAAAAUCUAAAAAUCCUUUCUCACAAUUCACAAAUUUUUACUUAAUUUAUUUGGGCUGGUGUCAGCCUUAUUUUUUACCUAUCCAUUAGAUUAGCAGUUUUAUCCCUUACAAUUGCAAUGUUUAGAAGGCAUUGACCAUCAAGAUUUUCUCCUACCUUAGAGAACCGGGUACUAUAACCUUUUUUUGAUUGGCUUCUUUGUAGUAGCCCAAUUUUGGCGACCAGAAGAAAUUUCAAUCAGCUUCAUAGAAUAAAAGGCUACACCUUUUGCGAAGAAACCACACAUACUUCUCGCUUUAAAACUUUGAUGAACGUCACCGUGUUCCUUCCGUUAGUCGCCGAUCUUUAAGAUACACCUUAAAGUAAUUAACAUCUUUGACCUGAGGGAUAGCAACUCGAUCUAACGUGAUAGAGGGUUUCAUUUCGGUUUUGUUCACUUUUACUCUUCAUAAAUAAAGUCACUGGCUCUGAGAUGACUAUCAAGCAUUUCUGUUGUCGAAUCUGCGUUCUUGUUGAUAUUCAGGAUUACCGUAUUGCCAGCAAAUGCCUCAGUCAUCAGGAUGCUGUUUGUAGCCAGGUGUGAAAUGAAAAAUCUCAAGCCGCCAAAGUUUUGUAUUUUACACGAAAUCUGCGAAACGCAAGGAAAGGCUCCAAAAUGCAAUGCAUUUCUGCAAGGAAAAGUUUUUUUUGGCUUUCGAAUGUUUAAUCGAUUUCAAAAAAUAUGACUUUGCAGAACGUUUUAAUCUCUAGAGCAGAUUUAAGUUCGGGGUGUCUGGAUUUGUUCAAUAGAACUAUGCUUUCCGCGGAAUUUAAAACUAAUAUAAGGGCGUUAUGUUGGUAGCUCUUAUUUUAAAAACACGUCACGCAGCGUCCAAUUGAAACGCAGUGAUUUCAAUGCCCUCUCAAAUUAAUAAGGCUGCAGGGUACGAAUGUUACCUUCG